AUGCAGGACCCGGGUGAACAACAGAUACAUGUCGAUCAAGACGCCUUGGGCCUCUUCAACCCGAACCUUGCAACGAAGCUGGAGAAUCCUUUUGGAGACAAGCAAGAUGGCCUUGAACAGAAAAAUAUAUCUCCCGGCGAAGCGACAAUUUCCAAGACGCUCCCAACUUCGCGGGCGGGGGAUUUCGUUUCUAAGGAAGAUCUUAAGUUAGAAUAUGCUCCAGAUUCCAAAGAAUAUUCUCAAUCAAGACGGCAAGGAGAAUUUUCACAGUCCGGUAAGUGCAAGACAACGGAGGAAGAGGAGACAUCUUCUAUGACCACCGGCCAACACUACAACAACGUGGAGAAUGGAAGCCGUCUUGACAGGAGGAAUUAUUGGACCUGGAGCCAGAAAGAACCGCCACUACAACCGGGUAUGAUUCGAAUAAGGUUUCGGUGCGCUUGUCAGGCCGUCGUUUGGGAUGAUUACCCAGAUACCAUAGCCAAUGCAGCGAAAUCCCUUGAGCAUCAUCUAGAUCGACAUUUUAGACAAGCUGUCAACAGUUCUAGGAAAACUGUAGAUGGCAGAGUUGGCAAAACUCUGCGAUCGUUUUUCUCAGUCUGCGCCCGUGGGUUCAGGAGUCUGUAUCGCAGCUCUCCUGGUAGGGCUCAGGGUCAUUCUGGCCAAUCUAUUGAUUCAGAAGCCCAACAAAACCCAUCAACUUCAAGUGAGUCUGCAACGACAUCCUUUUAUCUCACCUGUGCGACUCAAGAUGCACGUAUACCUACCCUGGUACAGUCACCAGCCGCAUCAAUUCAUUCGGAUCUCGAGUAUUUUGAUCUUCUUAGAAAGAUAAUAAACGACCAGAGGUGGACGUUGCGGGGAACAUUGAGACCCCGAAAGAUUAUUUCGAUCAGAUAUGUCAAAUUCGAGCUCCUUUUCGACAAUAAACAUGUAGAGAUCCGGAAGACUCCUGACUUUCCUGAGGACAAUCAACAUUAUCAACCGAGCAAAGGCGACUUUGAACGGGAAGAAUUCUGUCCAUGGGGCCCGAAUCUUCUUCUCCAUUUUUUCGAGCGCAGGCAUGAAUGUCCGCAACAUCCCAAGAUCCUUGCUCGUAUACCCAGGAAGUUGAAGGAGAAGCUUGUCGUCACCGACACCAGUGGCGUCCUCAUGGGAUGGGGAAUGCAGCUAGAUGACGGGUUGGAUGGAUUACGGGUUGGAAUCAUGGGCAUUAUAGGUCUGAUGUUGAGUUCUGUGUUUGGAAUCCUGUGGGCAAAACUUCACGGGAACGAUGUCCAGGGCGGAACGGGCCUUACUCAAUGUCUCAUGGCAUUUGUUACCUUUCUUGUCACGAUGCACGGUAUUGUCGGUUUUGUUGAGGAACGGCAUUAA